AUGGCCGCCGAAGUAAUCUACCAUCCGAUAUCAAACAAAACUCGAGCAUUCGUGCACGCCGACGCUCUUUCUGCGUUUUCCUUAUUAGCGAUGAAACAGCCCCGGACCAACCGCCUGGCCGCCUGGAUGCUUGAUGAGGAUGCCCCAUUCGGCGAACAACCACCAGCAAAAAGGAUUCAAGUUAUUUUAUGCAGCGUCCACAAAGUUCAGGUCCAGUUCACUAAGCAGACAAAACCUGUCAACAAUAUCGUCGCCGUGAUCGCGAGAUUGGCCCUACAAAACGGAUAUCCCCUCAUAGCGCGAAUUACGAGCGCAUCCCACGGGCAAAGUCACGGGGGCCGUACGAGCCAUUCUGGUCGGAGGAACAACGGCGACACAGGCCAAAAUGCACCUGGAUUCUCGGUUCCGUCAGGGGCAGGAAAUGGCGGCGGCGGCCCGAGCAAGCGUUCGACCAAACGAGGCGGAGGCGGGGACGGUGAGGGCAACCCCAGCAAAAAGAAAAAGUUGUCGGAUGAGCCGCAGGGCCCGGAAACGCAUCCCUGCAUCGUCUAUCAGCUAUUGACCGAGGGGAAGGAUAAACACCCUUGCAAGGACAAGCUGUUUACCACUUUGGAGAGUGCAGUGUAAGUCCGGCCGUCCUUAAGCAUGCGAACAGUGGUAGAAUCUAUACUCACCCACAGCCAGCGACCACCAUCUGAGGAUACACGUGGGGCAUAUACAAUGCCCGACGUGCCUUAUCAGAAAAGGCACUAGCACGGAUAUGGGCAAGCACCUGCGAACCGCCGGUUGUACGCCUCCAGCUAAAAUCCGAGAGGAGAUCGUGGCUCAUGGUGACAGUGUUCGCAGGGUAAAGAGCUGGGAUGACCUCAAGGAACAGGUUGCUCCUAAUGGUAAAAUAAAAUAUGAUAUGGCUAGUGACAUUGACAGUAUGUAUCCAAAAUUCCUGGGCGGCGACGGCAUCCGGAGAUGGGUGGAUUUCUCUGAUCAAGAUCAUCUGCUAACCAAAGCUCGCCAUAGACUUGGCACGGCAACCUGUGGGUGAGGAUAGGGAUUUUUUUGAGCAACUGAUGGCUCCGCUAGUUCCAGGCCAAACGCCAUUCCCAGACAUACUAGGGCUAGAAGGCAUCCCCUUAGACCACACCCCUCAAGCGUCCGAAAACCCAUAUGGGUACCCCCCAUGGUCUCACGGCGGAAUCGGCCAUGAUUUGAACACCUUAACGACCGGCACAAUAAGUCCUCAGCGUUUAGUCAAAUCCGUUCCUGAUAGCGGCUAUAGCCCAUCGACCAAGCCUGACUUCGAGGUUUACCAGCACAGCCAGGUAUUAAACCAAACCAGCAGCGGAGGAGUGGGGUGGCUCAUGAGUGGGAAUGAGGCUCCGGAACAGGACUCAAUUUCCACGCUCCUUAAGCGGGUGAAUUGGGUUAUCGAGACGUUCCAGGAGUACGACAAAGACCCAGCGAGCCACACAGUGGCUCAAUCAUGUGCUCGAACCAUUGCGCUCGGGUUACCCGAGAGCAUCUUGAAGGUGUUUGCUGAAACAUAUCAGGGUAAGGUAAGGCCAAAGAGAGAAACGCAAGUCCUCGGCGCGGCUAAGAGCAAGGAGGAAGAGCGUGAGUGA